AUGUCAUUUGCCCCGCCACCAGGACCUCCACCCCCGCCCGUCCCGGAGGGGUGGAAGGCUCAAUAUGAUGAAAGAUACAAGCAGUGGUACUUCGUAAACCUCUCCACAGGCGUCUCACAAUGGAACCCUCCCGAAGCACCCGCCUCACCCCGUCCUCAUCUCGGCGGACCACCCUCCGAACCGCCCCCAUCUUACGACCAAACCGGACCAGGCGAUCCAAGCAGAGUCGCUGCCGCAGGCGAUCAUAAGACUCUCUCGUCUAAUAAUCCAUAUAAUCACACAUCGCCAGCAGGAGGAGGAGGAGGAGGGAGUGUGAAUAAUAUCGACGAGGACGCCAAACUCGCGGCGAGGUUACAGGCGGAAGAAGACGCGCGCGCUGCGGGCAGGAGUCCGGCGCCGUCGUCGUCGAGUGGACGGAAUCGGGGCGCGAGUGAUGAUUAUUACAAUGCUCAAACCGGUCCGUCUCAGGGUCAGGGUCAGGGUUAUGCUCCUUACGGUAGUGGUGCGAGUCCGUAUGCUGGAAGUCCUGCCCCUGCUCCUGCGCCUGCGCCUGCCCCGGACCAGCAGCGUGGUAAGAGUGGUGGAUUCCUAGGAAAACUCCUGGGUAAGGCGUCUGGAAAACAUUCCUCUGGUGGAUAUGGAUAUGCAGGAGGUGCAGGGGGUUAUGGCGCUGGUGGCUAUCGCCCUCAGCAGCAGGGUUACGGAGGCUAUCCGCCUCAACAGGCCUAUGGAGGAUAUCCUCCGCAGGGAGGAUACUACGCACCGCCACAGCAACAGCAGGCUCCUGCACGACGUCAUGGUGGGAUGGGAACCGCUGGUGCAGCGGCGCUGGGUCUCGGUGGUGGAUUGCUGGGCGGUAUGCUGAUUGAAGAUAUGAUCGAGGAUCAUGAUCAGCAUGAGUAUGAACAGGGAUAUGACCAGGGGUAUGAUCAGGGGUUUGAUAAUGGUGGAGACUUUGGCGGUGGUGAUUUUGGUGGUGAUGAUUUCUAA